AUGCCCGGCAUGGCUGGCGUAGCCAACAGCCGACGCCGCGCAGACGUUAAUCCGCGCCGCCCCACGUCACUCCCUUAUGGGAGCCAGCUGUUCCUAGAGGCGGCCUGCCGUUUCCCAUCUACCGCUAUCUACAAUCUGGCUGCUACCUUAUCUAGACAAUCUCUCUACUAA